CAUUCUGCAAUCAGCUGGCCUACUUACACUCGGGGCUUUGGCUAUAAUCGGCCCAUAAACUGUUCAAAUAUGAGUGAAGGUCAGAAAUUUCAAGCUGAAGGAUAUGGUGACACAGUAAUACAUCAAUUGAAUCGACUCAGACAGAAUAAAGAAUUGUGUGAUUUUAAAGUUUCUGCAGAUGGACGCGUUUUUGAGGUUCAUAAAGCCUUGUUGGCGGCCACCAGCGACUAUUUUAGAGUUAUGUUUGGGGGAGUCAUGGCAGAAAGCAAACAGAAUGUUGUAGAUCUCAAAGGUGUGUCAGCAGAUGGCCUACAACAUGUGAUAGAUUUUAUUUAUAGUGGAGAAAUGGCCCUUCACCUUGAUAACCUCACAGAAAUCAUUAAUACAGCUAGUCAUUUACAAGUUUCCAGUGCCAUUGAUGUCUGUAGUAAUUUUAUUACCUCUUUAAUGACCUUUGAAAAUGCAGACGAUUUCUUGAAUAUUGCAGACACAUAUUCCCUGGAUAAAGUCAUGUCCCAUUGGGAUUCCAUGAUUCAGGACAAGUUUUUUGAGUUCACUCAAACUCAGGCAUUUUUAAAGAUGGAUGCUGAUAAUCUUGCAAAACAUUUAGAAAGAAACACCCUCAGAUCUACCUCGGAAUACAGACUCUUUCUUAGUUUGGAUAAAUGGUUUCGCUUUAAUCCUCUUAGGAUUACAGCAGACGGACCAAAUGUUUUAAGUCAUAUUAGAUUCGGUCUCAUGUCAGAAGGAGAAUUGGCCUCAAUAAGAGAGAGUGAAAUUAUAAAGCGUUGUCCUGGAGCUCAACAAUUAGUUGCUAAAGGCUAUUUCUAUCAUAAUGACUGUAAGAAAGGACACCCGUCCAUAGAGGAAAAUUCCAAUGUAAGAAGUAGUUCUUCAUGUUUAAUAUUAGUCCACCAUGGUACACCCUACAUGCCAUUUCAGGUAACAGCAUACAAUCAUAAUGCAGGUUUAUUUUAUAGUAUCUUCUCAGAUGUGGAUGGAAAUCGUGAUUGUCGAAUCGCAUCAGCAGAUAAUUUUGCAUACAUAUGCCGUGUGGUAGAUUAUGGGGGUGGAUCUUUAAUGAGUUCUAUGUUUCGUUUUGAUCCACGCCAUCUUGUAGGUCAAGAACUUCGACCAAUGAGCAGACCUCGGUUAGAUUUUGCUCUGGUUGCAUUUAACCGGUGUUUAUAUGUAUUCGGUGGUUCUACUGAACAGUUUGCGAUACUUGAUUCAGUCGAAUGUUAUAAUGUGUUGACUGACUUUUGGGACACUGUACUACCUCUUCCAACUCCUGUUCAUUCAUUAGCUGCAACAAAUUUUCGCUCGAAAAUCUAUUUAUGUGGAGGUGUUUCUGGACAAGAGAGACAACCCACGAAUACAUUUCUUUGUUUUGAUCCAACAACUCAAAGAUACGAAACUAAACCAGGGAUGUUUUAUGCUAGAAGAUUACAUGACAUUGUUGGUUAUGAACAGAGAAUCUUUGUAUUGGGUGGGAUUCCGCGUCCCGGGAUCCCUCUACACGGCCAAAUUCCUAUUGAAUGUUUUGAUCUGAGGAGCAAUCAAUGGACCAUGCUAUCAUCUACACUUAGCGGUCGUUCCAUUGGACAUUACAUCAACUUUGAAGGUCAGAUUCUUUCAUUAGGACACGAACAUCACAAUGCUACAGAAGAUGAAAUCUGGCUCUAUGAUGCAGACCUUGAUGAUUGGUCCAAAUAUGCAAAAGCUCCACAGCGAACAAGUUUGAAUUCAGCAAUGUGCACUCAGCUCUUUAUUAAUUUUGAUGAUGAAAAAAUCUCAAACAAAUAUAUGAAGGAAAAAUGAUAACUGUUUUAA